GAGAAGAAACUUGGAAAAAAACACAUUAUCCAUAUGGCGCCAAGUGGUAGUGUGUGUGGUUUUCGAUUUCUUUUCCAAAAUUAAAAUCUCCCACAAAAUCAAAUGCGUAGCGUCGGUUGUUCUUGGUCACGGCCAAGCGGAGCUUUCCGAAUCUCCUUCGCCGGUCACUCUCCGUCUGGGUUUCAUCGCUGUCCUACAUCGUCUCUAUCUCUCUGGUCCUCCUGCGAUGCGAGCCUCGUCGUGUGUUGCUCUUCCACAUCUGAACCGUCCGAUUCGAAUCUCGAAUCAUCUUCAACUCGCUCUUACAGCCGUCGAUGGCACAACCCCCUUCCUCGUCGCCGACAUCCCGACCAAAUGCCGACUUCUCGGAUUGCUCGUGACUGGAUCGAUUCAGAUUCAUCUACAGUUUCCGAAGCUUCAGAGAGAUUCACUGUAGUGUCGUACAACAUACUGGGAGAUAGGAACUCAUCAUAUCACAGAGAUUUGUACUCGAAUGUGUCUUUUCCUUACCUGAAGUGGGGCUACCGCAAAAGGUUGAUAUGCGAGGAAAUGAUUCGUCUCAAGCCAGACAUAAUCUGUAUACAGGAAGUUGAUAAGUAUUUCGAUCUAUUCAGCAUGAUGGAGAAAGCUGGAUAUGCUGGCUCCUACAAGAAGGACUAGAAAUAUAAGCUUUGCAAUGGCAGCGGCGAACUGGAGAUAACAUUGAUGGGUGCGCCAUGUUCUGGAAGGCCGACAGGUUUCGGGUUUUGGAGAGGGAGAACAUUGAGUUUAGCCAGUUUGGGAUGCGUGAUAAUGUUGCACAACUUUCUGUUCUCGAGCUGCUGAAGUCUAAGUCAAGAAAGCUACUGGUUGGUAACAUUCACGUGCUCUAUAAUCCAAGUAGAGGAGACGUGAAGCUGAGUCAGAUCCGUUCCCUCUGCUCAAAGGCUCACUUGCUCUCUAAGAAAUGGGGUGAUAUUCCCAUUGUUCUAGGCGGAGAUUUCAAUAUCACACCCCAGAGUCCAUUGUACAACUUCUUGGUGUCUUCUGAGCUGAAUAUCAUGAAACAUGACAAAAGAGAGCUGUCUGGCCAGAAAAACUGUCAUCCAGACCAAGUUCUUGAGACCGGAAGCAUAUCUAGUAAUACAAUAACUCCCAUAAGCAGAUGCUUAAGUAGCUCGUGGACCAACGAAGAGAUCCGUGUUGCGACCGGGCAAGAGAACUCGUACUGGGCUGUGCAUCCGUUGAAACUCCAUAGCUCAUAUGCAUCAGUUAAGGGCUCAACAAAUACAAGAGACUCUGUUGGUGAACCUCUAGCAACCUCUUACCACUCAAAAUUUCUUGGAACGGUUGAUUACAUCUGGUAUUCUGAUGGUCUUGUACCAGCAAGAGUUCUUGAUACACUCCCCAUCGAUGUUUUAUGUAAAACCAAAGGCCUUCCUUGUCAAGAAUUGGGAAGCGAUCACUUGGCACUUGUUUCUGAAUUUUUCUUUGAACCGAACGGUUGAAGGCUUAUAUUUUUGCGUACCAAUGAAUAAUUGUCUACAAUUAUACCGAACCGAAUUUAUUCGGUUAUUACGAUAUCAUACCGACUUCUUCGAGCGUAAUUGAAAAUCUGAAUCGAACCGAACCGGAUAUGAGCUGGGUUUGAUGGGUAAGAAAAAUUCCGAACCGUAAAGGAGCGAAUCGAAUCAAUUGGUACGGUUCGUAUUUGAUUUCGGUAAACGAAAAUUGAAAAGGAGAUCUAAAGUUUGGAGAUUAGAGAGUUGAAAACUGGAAUUUAGUCGAGUCUGAGGCAAAGGAAGAAGAGAAGAAAGCGAGGAAAUGGCGUUGAGCUCGAUGACAUGGGGUUACGCACGGAUCAUAGCUGGAACACUUCUCGGCGGGACUCUCGGAUUCUACGUAAUGCAUCGCAUCGAAGUGAGCUACAAGAUGAGGAUGGAGGAAUCGUUAAGGCAAUACGAGAAGGAAAUGAAGAGGAGACAAGAAGAAGAGAAUCUUGGUCAGAUCAGUGAAGGCCCCGUUUAGUUUUUUCUGAUUUGCACUCAAAGUGUUCGAUGAAAUGCCUAGCAGAUGUGUUAUUCUGUUUUUUCCUCCUUUUCUUUUUCUUCUCUCGUGUAUUUUUCGGUUUGGUUUUGAUCUGGCGUUAUGAAAAAGUCUCAAUCCGCUUUGGUUUACAAUCUAAAUACCAUGAUUGACCAGAGAGAAACAGAGAUAUUAAUUUGUACCUCCUCAAAAACUCAAAGGUUCUUAUUACAUCAGAAUUGUUGUUCUAUCCAAAUCCAUAAUCUUUUGUGAUUUUUAGUUAAGUUUUUU